AAUAUUUAAAUUAAUUUAAGUACUAUGCUGGAGGCACGGUUUGGAGAGACUCUGCUUCUGAAGAAGAUCGUGGACGCCCUCAAAGAGAUAAUCUCGCAGAGCACCUUGGACUGCACCGAGACGGGCAUGCAGCUGCAGUCUAUGGACAAUUCUCACGUUUCUCUGGUGGCCCUCAGCCUCCAGACAGAAGGCUUCGAGAAAUACCGCUGCGAUAGAAAUGUCUCUCUUGGUUUGGAUCUCAAAUCCCUGGCCAAAGUCGUCAAGAGCGCCAGCGGCGAUGACGCCGUCACCCUUACAGCGGCUGACAAAGCCGACAAGCUGCUCCUUAGUUUCGAGUCGGACAACAAAAGUCGCACAGCGGACUACGAGCUAAAGCUGCUGAAUCUGGACCAGGAUCAUUUGGGCAUUCCCGAAACGAACUACGCCUGCAUCGUGCAGAUGCCAUCCAGCGAGUUUGCUCGUAUCUGCAGAGACAUGAGCAUGUUCAGCGAAUCUGUGGUGAUAUCCUGCACCAAGCAGGGCAUCAAGUUCUCGGCCAACGGCGACAUGGGUUCCGCAAACAUUAAGCUUUCCGAUACGUCAAAGGGAGACAUCACCAUAGACGUGGAUGAACCCAUUACCCAGUCCUUUGCUGGACGCUACCUGAACACUUUCACACGAGCCACACCGCUGUCGGAUCGUGUCAAGAUUUGUCUAGCACCGGAUGUCCCUCUGCUGGUGGAGUACCCUAUUGAGGAUUAUGGGUAUAUACGUUACUAUCUGGCCCCAAAGGUAGAUGAAGCAGACGCCUAAAAUGUUAAAGAAAACAUGAUGUGCAAUAUUUUCACCAAAUUCGAAAUAUUCAUCUUACUCUUUUUAUA